AUGACACAAAAUCCAAGCCAGUCAAGCCAAAAGAAUAUCUUUCAACAGAAAGAUCUUGAGAAGUCUCAUGAUAUUCUCACCUGCACAAUCAAGGAACCGCCCUUCUCAUACGCCCACCUAGAGCUUGUGACGGAUCUUCCCAGCAGUUCUUCAUCUGUCGUCCUGGACGAUCUUUCCCUUAAAAGCUACUGCACAACUGCUCUUCGACAAUUCUUAGGAACUACGGGUGUUGCUAUCUCUAUCGAUAUUCUUAAAGUGGAAAACAACCAUGCAUGGGUUCGCAUUCCAAGACUAGACCUCGGUUCUUUCGCUGCAGCGAUCACAGCUUGGAGAGGCACAAGCGACAAUGGCGAGCAAAUAAGCCUUCAACUCCGACAGUGUUCGGACUGGUUAGGCGCCAUGGUUGGGGCUGACGGACAAAAUCGACUUUGGAACGCAUGA